CCCCCUACUAGAAGCUGCGGGUCAGUCUACAACCGCCCUGUGCGCCCAGCCUGAGCCUUGUUCCGCAGCACCGAGUGGAACAGGGAGAGUGCCGGGGAUUCCUGAGGCCGACACCUGAGCUGUGAUAGUGAAGCGAGCGCCGCUCAGCCGCCAACAUGGGAAAUGAAGCAAGCUAUCCGCUGGAAAUGUGCUCACAUUUCGAUGCUGAUGAGAUCAAAAGGCUAGGGAAAAGGUUCAAGAAACUGGAUUUAGACAACUCUGGUUCCCUGAGUGUGGAGGAGUUCAUGUCGUUACCAGAGCUUCAACAGAACCCUCUUGUGCAGCGAGUAAUAGACAUAUUCGACACGGAUGGAAACGGAGAAGUAGAUUUUAAAGAGUUUAUCGAAGGAGUGUCCCAGUUCAGCGUCAAAGGUGAUAAGGAGCAGAAACUGAGGUUUGCUUUUCGUAUAUAUGAUAUGGACAAGGAUGGCUACAUCUCCAAUGGUGAGCUUUUCCAGGUACUGAAGAUGAUGGUGGGAAACAAUCUCAAAGACACUCAGUUACAGCAAAUAGUAGACAAAACGAUUAUCAAUGCAGAUAAAGAUGGGGAUGGAAGGAUAUCCUUUGAAGAAUUCUGUGCUGUCGUAGGAGGCUUAGAUAUCCACAAAAAGAUGGUGGUGGAUGUGUGACUGACCUGAGCAGCACCCAACACACUUGCUUUCUUCUCCAUCUCUGAAGAUCUGCUCAAGACGUCCAGCAAUGCUCUCUGUGUAUUUUCAAUGGAAGUAUUUUUCUCUGUGAAGCCACAUUUUCCAACACGAGCCUCAUGAAGCCAACUUAGUGUUAUUGAACUUUUUUUGAUUCUCUCAAUAACUCAGUGUAGCACUUUAAAGUCUGAAGGACAGCCAGAUGGGAAAGAGCGUAUCCCUGUGGUGGAGAAAAGGAAGGGAGUUGGCUUUUUAUUUAUUUUUUUUUUCCUCCUUCAUCUUUUAUAACAAGAAAAAUCUAUAUAUAUAGCUUUCUAUGUAGUCAUUAGGUGGGCUUUAAUUUAAUAUACUUGAGUCAAACAAAACUAGAGUACAAGUGCCAAGCAGAAUGUACACCAUUUGUUACAUGACAAGCAAAGAUCACACAGUUUUAUAUAUGGUAGGAGAAUGUAUACUUUGUAACUGGGUGUCCGCUCAACGCGUUGCUUUCCUGUGAGGAUUGUGUAUUAACUGGUACAACGCCGUCGUUGCUUCCUGUUAAUCUCAUUUACUUUUUUUUUGUAACACAGGAAACUUUGUCUGUUUAAUUUAUACAUGUUAUUCUAUUACAAGGCACUGUGUGUAUCUUGCUUUUUGGAGACUUUACUGGCAAGAGAAUCACUCAGCUGCGCACAUAGCGACCGGGCCCUUAUUUAGUGCUCUGAUACCUGGCAGUUCACUACAUUUCACCCUUCUUGGUGAAUGCCAAGGAUUAUUCAGAUUAAACUCCACUAUAUUGAUUUAACCGUCAUGAUGGUGCCAUGAUGGAAACACUGACUGCUUGUUGGCCAAUGUGGGUUCACUUAUUGCCCGGUUGAUUGAUAUCUAACAAUUUUCGGAUACGCAUUACUGCAGGCAGCGUGACCGGUAAUACUGAGAUAAUAUAUAUGUAUAUCAGCUGAGCCCUUGCCUCCCUGUUCUUCCUGGCAGUUCCCCACACUCUUCAUGUUCAUGUCUGUCUUACUACUUUCUAUGUGUGAUCUAAAAGUAGAGAGCUGAUAGGUUCUUUUCCUGGAGUGUUCUCACCUCUCCUAUUUCUGCGCUGGUACAAUUGGCCAUAACAUAGAUAUACAAACAAAAAUACCAAAAAAAUAAAUAAAAAAAUCCUUAAAUAUAUAACAAAAAAAAAUCCAAAAACCCUAGUUUCAAGGCAUAUUCUUUUCUUUUUCUUCUUUGGCUUUGGAAGUGGCACAGUGGCGCCAUUGGCCACAUUAAAGUGCUCUUUCCACCGCGUAAUUAAGCAACGACUGUAGCUGUUCCUUCGACUCAGUGCUGCACAUCUAAGGCUCUUUCUGUGCGAGAGAUCAAGGUGCUUGGUGUCCUUGCAUGACAUGGAGUUUUGCAUGUAGAUCGAUUGAAAUGAUGUUCCUCUUGUUUACAUAAUUUGCAUUAUAUAUAUAUAUAUAUAUUUGAGAAAAGAAAAAAAAAAAGAAAGACGAACCUUUGCCAAACUUUGGUACAUGUUAAUGUUCAACCAAUAAAAAGAAGAAACCCCUUUUCCCCCCACUACAUGUAACUUCCCUGCCUCGGGGUCCGUGUGUGUGUGGUAUGCUCCCAGCCGGUGCUUGUCUGUUCCACUGUCACUUGCCAUGUACUCUGGGGAAAGUAGUCCUUUUGUGAAUUUUGGAUUUUUCUUUUUUUCUUGUUUUGUACAUAAGUUGUGUUAUAUAUAUAUAUAUAUAUAUAUAUAUAUAUAUAUACAUUUUAGCAAAGGCUCUCUGUUUCUCUUGCUUGUGCAUAUCUUGGCUGGCGUAAACAAA